AUGGCGACAAUGACAGUAACAGAGACGCAACAUAAGAGGAGGCUGCCAAAGAAUGUAAAGUUGCCACCGGAGAAUGAGCGGUACAUGCACGCAUGUGCAGACAUUGCGAAUGCGCUCAUCCAAGACUACGAAGCACAAGCCGAUGGGUCAAAGCCAAAGAAAGAUUUAAAUUUGAAUUCUCUACGGGGCCAAAUUGCGAAGAAGCAUUAUCUAAAAAGUCAACCGCCGCUUACGGCGAUUAUUGCGGCAGUGCCCGAGCAUUACAAGAAGUACAUCUUGCCGAAACUUAUUGCAAAGCCGAUUCGUAUAGCAGUAGUAGCAGUAAUGUGCAAACCUCAUCGGUGCCCACACAUUUCCUACACUGGCAACAUUUGUGUCUACUGCCCCGGAGGACCAGACUCCGACUUUGAGUACUCGACUCAAUCCUACACAGGCUAUGAACCCACAUCUAUGCGUGCCAUCCGCGCACGCUACGACCCCUACGAGCAAGCCCGUGGCCGGGUAGACCAAAUAAAGUCGCUCGGCCACAGCGUGGACAAGGUAGAGUACAUCAUCAUGGGCGGCACUUUCAUGUCGCUCCCAGAGUCGUACCGAGACGAAUUCAUCUCGCAACUGCACAACGCCCUCUCCGGCUACCAAACCACCAACGUCGACGAAGCCGUUGCCGCGGGCGAAAUGAGCAACAUCAAAUGCGUGGGCAUAACAAUCGAAACACGCCCAGACUACUGUCUAGACCAACACCUCUCCUCAAUGCUCCGCUACGGCUGCACGCGCCUAGAAAUCGGCGUCCAGUCCCUCUACGAAGACGUAGCCCGCGACACAAAUCGCGGCCACACCGUCGCCGCCGUUGCAAAAACUUUCUGCCUCGCAAAAGACGCCGGUUUCAAGGUAGUCUCGCACAUGAUGCCGGACUUGCCAAACGUAGGAAUGGAACGCGACCUCGACCAAUUCAUCGAAUACUUCUCAAACCCUGCGUUCCGCACCGACGGCUUGAAAAUUUACCCCACGCUCGUUAUUCGAGGGACGGGGCUUUACGAACUCUGGCGUACGGGGCGGUAUAAGAAUUAUACGCCUAAUGCUCUCAUCGAUAUCGUCGCUCGUAUCCUGGCGCUCGUACCGCCUUGGACACGCAUCUACCGCGUCCAGCGCGAUAUCCCCAUGCCACUGGUUACCUCUGGUGUUGAAAACGGUAAUUUGCGUGAAUUGGCCCUCGCUCGAAUGAAGGAUUUCGGUACGAGUUGUCGCGAUGUGCGCACCCGCGAGGUCGGCAUCAACGAGGUUAAACACAAGAUCCGGCCCGAUCAGGUCGAACUCGUGCGUAGGGACUACACGGCAAACGGUGGGUGGGAGACUUUUCUCGCGUAUGAGGAUCCGAAACAGGAUAUUUUGAUUGCGUUGUUGAGGCUACGGCAGUGUUCAAAGGAACAUACGUUUAGGGAGGAGUUGGUGGGUCAGCCGUCGUCGUUGGUUAGGGAGUUGCAUGUUUAUGGCUCUGCGGUUCCGAUUCAUGCGAGGGAUCCGAAGAGGUUCCAGCAUCAGGGGUAUGGGACGCUGUUGAUGGAGGAGGCGGAGAGGAUCGCGAGGGAGGAGCAUGGGAGUAGCAAGAUUAGUGUGAUUUCUGGGGUGGGUGUAAGGAGUUACUAUGCCAAGUUGGGGUAUUGGCUUGAUGGGCCGUAUAUGAGCAAGACGCUUGAGCCGCUGUGGGAGAGGGAGUGGUAG